GAGGGGUGGCGAGGCGGAAGACUGCGAGACCCCCUGAAGGACCAGCGAGACUCGGAGACCAGAGACCCGCCUCGGGAGACGUGGGACUCGGGGCGCGAGCGGAUUUCCUUGCGCUCUCCCGGAGCGCGCGCGGGGGUCGCCCCAUGGCAGGGACUCCGGGCCGCGAUCCAUGGGGGGCCCCUGGCAUUUGUUACCUUCUUGGCUCCCUGCUUGCCGGACUGCUCUUCCCAGGGGCUGUCGCCUUCAAUCUGGACGUGAUGGGCGCCCUGCGCAAGGAGGGCGAGCCAGGGAGCCUCUUUGGCUUCUCUGUGGCUCUGCAUCGGCAGUUGCAGCCCGGACCCCAAAGCUGGCUGCUGGUGGGCGCUCCCCAGGCCCUGGCCCUGCCUGGGCAGCAGGCGAAUCGUACUGGAGGCCUCUUCGCUUGCCCCCUGAGCCUGGAAGAGACUGACUGCUACAGAGUGGACAUCGACCGGGGAGCUGACGUGCAGAAGGAGAGUAAGGAGAACCAGUGGUUGGGAGUCAGUGUUCGGAGCCAGGGACCUGGGGGCAAGAUUGUUACCUGUGCGCACCGAUACGAGGCGCGGCAGCGUGUGGACCAGACACUGGAGACGAGGGACGUGAUUGGUCGCUGCUUUGUGCUAAGCCAGGAUCUGGCCGUCCGCGAUGAGCUGGAUGGCGGGGAGUGGAAGUUCUGUGAGGGACGCCCCCAGGGCCACGAGCAAUUUGGGUUCUGCCAGCAGGGCACGGCUGCUGCCUUCUCCCCCGACAGCCACUACCUCCUCUUUGGGGCCCCAGGAACCUAUAACUGGAAGGGCACGGCCAGGGUGGAGCUCUGUGCGCAGGGCUCAGCGGACCUGGCACAUCUGGACGACGGGCCCUACGAGGCGGGGGGUGAGAAGGAGCAGGACCCCCGCCUCAUCCCCGUCCCUGCCAACAGCUACUUUGGGUUGCUCUUUGUGACCAACAUUGAUAGCUCAGACCCUGACCAGCUGGUGUAUAAAACUUUGGACCCUGCUGACCGGCUCCCAGGACCAGCCGGAGACUUGGCCCUGAAUAGCUACUUAGGUUUCUCCAUCGACUCGGGGAAGAGUCUGGUGCGAGCAGAGGAGCUGAGCUUUGUGGCAGGGGCCCCCCGUGCCAACCACAAGGGUGCUGUGGUCAUUCUGCGCAAAGACAGCGCCAGUCGCCUGGUGCCUGAAGUUAUGCUGUCCGGGGAGCGCCUGACCUCUGGCUUUGGCUACUCGCUGGCGGUGACUGAUCUUAACAAUGACGGCUGGACAGAUCUGGUAGUGGGUGCCCCCUACUUCUUUGAGCGCCAAGAAGAACUGGGGGGUGCCGUGUAUGUGUACAUGAACCAGGGGGGUCACUGGGCUGGGGUCUCCCCUCUCCGGCUCUGCGGCUCUCCUGACUCCAUGUUUGGGAUCAGUCUGGCUGUCCUGGGGGACCUCAACCAAGAUGGCUUCCCAGACCUUGCUGUAGGGGCUCCCUUCGAUGGGGAUGGGAAAGUCUUUAUCUACCACGGGAGCAGCCUGGGGCUUGUCGUCAAACCUUCCCAGGUGCUGGAGGGCGAGGCUGUGGGCAUAAAGAGCUUUGGCUACUCUCUGUCGGGCGGCCUGGAUGUGGAUGGGAACCGCUACCCGGACCUGCUGGUGGGCUCCCUGGCCGACACUGCCGUGCUCUUCAGGGCCAGGCCUGUCCUCCACGUCUCCCACGAGGUCUCUAUUCUUCCAAGAAGCAUCGACCUAGAACAGCCCAACUGCGCCAGUGGCCACUCGGUCUGCAUGGACCUCAGGGUCUGUUUCAGCUACAUUGCAUCGCCCAGCAGCUACAGCCCCGCUGUGGCCCUGGAGUACACGUUAGAUGGGGACACGGACCGGAGGCUCCGGGGACAGGUGCCCCGUGUAACCUUCCUGAGCCGUGGCCCGGAUGACCCCAAGCACCAGGCCUCAGGCACCGUGUGGCUGAAACACCAGCAUGACCGAGUCUGUGGAGACACUAUGCUUCAGCUCCAGGAGAAUGUCAAAGACAAGCUUCGGGCCAUCGUGGUGACUCUGUCCUAUAGUCUCCAGACCCCUCGGCUCCGGCGACAGGCUCCUGCCCAGGGGCUGCCCCCCGUGGCCCCCAUCCUCAAUGCCCACCAGCCCAGCACCCAGCGGACAGAGAUCCACUUUCUGAAGCAAGGCUGUGGUGAAGACAAGGUGUGUCAGAGCAACCUGCAGCUGGUCCACGCCCGGUUCUGCACCCGUGUCAGCGACACGGAGUUUCAGCCUCUGCCCAUGGAUGCGGAUGGGACGACAGCCCUGUUUGCACUGAGUGGGCAGCCAGUCAUCGGCCUGGAGCUGAAGGUCACCAAUCUGCCUUCGGACCCAGCCCAGCCCCAGGCUGAUGGGGAUGACGCCCAUGAAGCCCAGCUCCUGGUCACCCUCCCUGCCUCUCUGCACUAUUCAGGAGUCCGGGCCCUGGACCCUGCGGAGAAGCCGUUGUGCCUGUCCAAUGAGAACGCCUCCCAUGUUGAGUGUGAGCUGGGGAACCCCAUGAAGAGAGGUGCCCAGGUCACCUUCUACCUCAUCCUUAGCACCUCAGGGAUCACCAUUGAGACCACAGAGCUGGAGGUGGAGCUGCUGUUGGCCACGAUCAGCGAGCAGGAGCUGCACCCGGUCUCUGCCCGAGCCCGUGUCUUCAUCGAGCUGCCGCUGUCCAUCACGGGGGUGGCCAUUCCCCAGCAGCUCUUCUUCUCUGGCGUGGUGCGGGGCGAGAGCGCCAUGCAGUCUGAGCGGGACGUGGGCAGCAAGGUCAAGUAUGAGGUUACGGUCUCCAACCAAGGCCAGUCACUCAGGACCCUGGGCUCGGCCUUCCUCAACAUCAUGUGGCCCCACGAGAUUGCCAACGGGAAGUGGCUGCUGUACCCCAUGCGGGUGGAGCUGGAGGGCGGGCAGGGGCCGGGGACGAGGGGACUCUGUUCCCCCAGGCCCAACGUCCUCCACCUGGAUGUGGACAGCAGGGACAGGAGGCGGCGGGAGCUGGGGCAGCCGGAGCCAAGGGAGCCUCACGAGCAGCCGGAGCCCAGCACGUCCUGGUGGCCAGUGUCCUCUGCUGAGAAGAAGAAAAACGUCACCCUGGACUGCACCCGGGGCACGGCCAGCUGCGUGGUGUUCAGCUGCCCUCUCUACAGCUUUGACCGUGCAGCUGUGCUGCAUGUCUGGGGCCGCCUCUGGAACAGCACCUUCCUGGAGGAGUAUUCGGCUGUGAAGUCCCUGGAAGUGAUUGUUCAAGCCAACAUCACCGUGAAGUCCUCCAUCAAGAACUUGCUGCUCAGAGAUGCCUCCACAGUGAUCCCAGUGAUGGUAUACCUGGACCCCGUGGCUGUGGUGGCAGAAGGAGUCCCCUGGUGGGCCAUCCUUCUGGCUGUACUGGCCGGGCUGCUGGUGCUGGCGCUGCUGGUGCUGCUGAUGUGGAAGAUGGGAUUCUUCAAGCGGGCGCGGUACCCCGAAGCCACUGUGCCCCAGUACCACGCGGUGAAGAUCCCACGGGAAGACCGGCAACAGUUCAAGGAAGAGAAGACGGGCACCAUCCUGAGGAAUAACUGGGGCGGCCCCCGGGGCGGAGGGCCCGAUGCACACCCCAUCCUGGCUGCGGAUGGGCACCCGGAGCCGGGCUCCGAUGGGCACCCUGUGCCAGGCACUGCCUAGCCUCCUCCUUCCCAGCCUGGCCCAUGGGUCCCCUGCACCCCUUCCCCAGAGAUGGCUCCUAGGGAUGAAGGGGGCAGGCUGGGUUGCCGGUGUCCCAUCAGGAUGUGGCAGGAUCUGUUUCCUCAGGGGCACAGACCUCUCUCCCCGUGAGGACCACACCCCCCCCCCAAACCUCCCCUUAGGAUGCUGUGAGAUGAGAGGGGGUAAAUCAGGGAUGGGUGAGGAGGGCAGUGGUGUUCUGAUGCAAAAGUGGGGAGAAGGGACCCUAAUCCUUCCCUCUCCCAUUCACCCUGUAUGAUGAGACCCCGAGGACCUAUCUCCCUGAAAGUGCCUUAAGCCCAGAGGGUGGGGAGGAGGUUAUGUCGCUGACUCAGGGGCUCUUCCCUCCCUGGCUUCCCCUCUCCUCUGACCUUAGUUUGCUGCAUCCAUCAGUGGGUUUUGUCUAUUUAUUAAAAACGAUGUGAGGACGAA